AUGAGGGCGCCCGCGCUGCUGCCGCCCGCGCUGCUGACCUGCUGCGGCUGGCUGCUCGCCCCGGUGAGCAGUAUUCACCCAGAAUGCCGAUUUCAUCUGGAAAUUCAGGAGGAAGAAAUGAGAUGUGCAGAGCUUCUAAGGACUCAAACAGAAAAACACAAAGCCUGCAGCGGCGUCUGGGACAACAUUACUUGCUGGCGCCCCGCGGAUGUUGGCGAGACCGUCACGGUGCCCUGUCCAAAACUGUUCAGCAAUUUUUACAGCAAACCAGGAAACAUAAGCAAGAACUGCACCAGUGACGGGUGGUCAGAGACAUUCCCGGAUUUCAUGGACGCGUGUGGCUACAGCGACCCUGAGGAUGAGAGCAAGAUCACGUUCUACAUUCUGGUGAAGGCCAUUUACACCCUGGGCUACAGCGCCUCUCUGAUCUCCCUUACAACAGGAAGCAUAAUUCUUUGCCUCUUCAGCGCACAGGCGGACGGAGCCACGUGUAGGAAGCGCUCUGUCAACGCAGCCCGCUCCUCCCCUGCGCCCCGACCCUCGCUGCCUCUGGAGCUAACACCAGACCCUUUACGGCUGGUGGUGGGGUCUGAAGGAAGUGACACUUCUUGGUCACGGGCAGCACGUGCCUGCAGCGGCGGUCACUGCACCACUGGCUCUGCGUGUAACGGCUGCAGGCUGGGCUCCACCUUCCACCUGCUCACGCCACCCCCGGAGAGCUGUGGACUGCAAGCUGAGCCCGGUCUCGGGCGGGACCUCCGCGCUCCUCGCGCGCACAGGCCGCCUGGGGACCCAGAGCCGCGGCCUGUGACAGCGCGUGCGCUCACGCGGCCCCUUCCCAUGCAGGUGGGCUGCAAGCUGAGCCUGGUCUUCUUCCAGUACUGCAUCAUGGCCAACUUCUACUGGCUGCUGGUGGAGGGGCUUUACCUUCACACCCUGCUCGUGGUCAUCUUCGCCCCCGGCCGGCGCUUCUGGGCCUACCUCCUGAUCGGAUGGGGCAUCCCCACUGUCAGCACGGGUGCGUGGGUUGCGGCCCGGCUCUUGCUGGAGGACACAGGUUGUUGGGACACCAGUGACCACAGUGUUCCUUGGUGGGUUAUACGAACACCGAUUUUAAUUUCUAUUAUAGUCAAUUUCAUCUUUUUCGUUAGUAUUAUACGAAUUUUACGGCAGAAGUUGACGUCCCCAGAUGUCGGCAGCAACGACCAGUCACAGUACAAGAGGCUGGCCAAGUCCACCCUGCUGCUCAUCCCGCUGUUUGGCGUCCACUACAUGGUGUUCGCAGUGUUUCCCAUCGGCAUCUCCUCCAAGUACCAGAUUCUGUUUGAGCUGUGCCUCGGAUCCUUUCAGGGCCUGGUGGUGGCGGUUCUCUACUGCUUCCUGAACAGCGAGGUGCAGAGCGAGCUGAGACGCACGUGGCGUGGCCUGUGGCCCAGCCGGCCCUCCGCCCGGGACCGCCGGCUGCACAGCCUGUCCAUCUCCAGGACUGGCUCGGACGGCGCCCUGCAGGGCUCCCGCGCCCCUUCCCUCCUGCAGACGGAGACCUCGGUCAUCUAG